CGGCCGGGUCUCAUGCUCCGAGCCAAGCUGGCCCGUUGCUAGGUACCCGAGCGCGUCCUCUCUUCCCCUCCCCGCCGCUCCCGGCCCGGUGUCCGGGCAGAGCCGCCGCCCCACGGGAAGGGCUGUGGCCGCGCCUCUCCCUGCCUGCGUCCCGGGCCACGGGCUGUGCCCAGCGGGGUCCCUUGAGCCGGGACUGACUCCACGGGGGCAGACCGUAUACAUUAAGAAGAAAUGGCUAGAAAACAUGAGCACUUUGGACUAAGUUAUUUAGAAGAACUAAGAAUGAUUAAAGAGCGUGAGAUUAUAUGCAAGGAAUCUCGGCGAGAUUUUCUUAAAUUCAAACAAGCGGUAGCUAUUGCCCAUACAAACGUGAGCAGUCAACCUUUACUGGAAGAUUUAACACCAGAUCAGUCACAUCAGUUAGAGCAGUAUCAUCUUCAGAGGUCAGAGAGUCCACAUAAGCCUGUUAUUAAUAUAAAUAAAACUGUACCUACAGAAUUCAUUGGCAGUUCUGAAAUAGCCAGAAAAGUUAGGAUCUCUCCUGAAGUAAGAGACAUGAAAAAACCAAUUAAUGAUCUCAGAAUGAUGAUGCAAACAAAUACAUCUGUAAAAGAGGACAGUACCUACACAAAUCAGAAAAGUUACUCUGAAAAAAUAACUGUGGAAAAUAGUAGUUGUAGUCAAGAAAGUACAAAUGUAAAGAUGCCAGUAAUAGCAUCUUUAGCAGGUACCACUAAAAAAAUCACUAUGUUAAAACAACCAGCACCACCUCGGAAGCCUAAAUAUCGCAAACUUACUUUUCAUCCACGACUAGUAAUUUAUAACCCCCCCAUUCUGUUACAGAAAGUCAAAGAUACUAGAAAAAUGCAGGGUAGAGCCCAUUCUAUAAAGGCAAAUGUUAAGAAUGUAGAAACAAAUAAAACAAAAGAAACUAGCAAUGACAGUAAAGAAAGUGAUGAAUCUAGUUCUACAGAUUCAGAUUCAAGUGAAAAGGCUUCUGAAAAGGAAAAGGUAAUUAAGAAAAAAGAUAAGAAAGUAUACAGAGAACUUUCAAAAGCAAGUCAACAAGAUUCAGUUAUUGAACCGGAAAAAGCACAGAGUAAAAGAAGCAGAGUCUCCCGCAGUCAUCCAAGUGUGAGGUCUACUUCAGAACAGUUGGAGGAGGCUAGAGACAUAACUACACCAGACACUUCAAAAAUAUAUGAGGAGAACUUCCAGCAGAGCAAACCAGAAGAACUUACUUCCACACCAAAGUUGCCUGUGAGAGUGGCUGCAAGGUCUAUUGAUGAAAUAAUUGCUUCGCUGCAGUCUACUUUUCAGUCUCCCUCAGACCAGAUGAUCAAAGAACUCCUGGAGAGUGUUCUUGGCCAGAACUACAGCAUAAAAAUGGAAGUAGAAGAAUCACUUAGUGGAACACCAGGAGCUUCACUUGCAUUUUCAGAGGAUAUGCCUGAUUCUGUAGAAACAGAGGAAUAUAGAUUACAGUUAUCUUCUUCAGACAUUUCACUCUCACAAGAACCUGCUUUUUCAGUGCCUAAAAUUUUGGAGGAUAUAGAGAGAAAACAAGAAUCACAAAUAACUGUAAAAUCACCUUUAGAGGCUGUAUCCUCACAGCUGCUACAAGUGAGAGGAGAAGCAAUUUUAAAGGCUAAACCAUUAGAAGUCCAGCAAAAAUUAUCAGAAAAAGAUCUCAUGCUACAGCAAUCACUGUCCUCGCUAUCCACAUGGACUCCAGGGUUCAAAGGUCAACAUCAUUCAGUUAUUCAUCACCUUUGUACGGCUUCUCCUAAUUUUGCAUUACCUGCUGAUCUGCAGCUGGCUUCAAGAGUAUAUCAUACUUUCGACAGAAAAGGGCAUUACCUUUUAUUUACAGCAGAGGAUCUGUACCACCAGGAGAAAGCAUCACUCUGCUCAGAAUAUAUUGCUUUUGAAGAACAAAUGGAAAGAAAUAGAAUUUGUUAUGAAGGAGUUCCUGUUUCAGAACUAUACCAGGAGAAUCAGAAAGAUGGAAUCAAUGUUUUGCCACCACAUACAUCAGGAAGUUUAACAGAAUGGCAAAAAAUAGCUGAAUAUUAUGUUGAAAAGCCACGACUGGAACUCUUAGGAGAGAAAGUUUCUGUUUAUCCAGGAACUCUAAAAAUGUUUUGGGCUCCAGCUCCACCAAAAUUUUCUGCGCCGCUUUCUUUCAUGAAGGAAACCUUAUUUCCUAUGUAUCAGAGCAAUGUUAUUGAGGGUGUUGUAGUUGAAGAUUUUUCAGCUGAUCUUCAAGAUGAAGACUCAGAGUCUGAGGAUGAUCUUGACAUAUACAGUUACAUGGUGUCAAAAAGCACAUUAAGAAGAUGCAAGUCAAGUCCAGAUUGUGAUGCCACUGAAAAAUUAAAGCAGAUAAGUUUUAUUCAAAGAUCAGUCUCUGCACCAGAUAUGUCUGCUUUCAAUAGCAAAACAGCUUUUACAAUUUCUGCUGAUUUCAAAACCAGCAUGAAAGAAUUGACGGUUAUGAAGAAACAGAUAUCUGAUUCAGAGGUUGAACCAGAGAUUGAGAAAAGCUCCUCUACUAAGCAACUAUUGAUUGAAAGCUGUAAUGCUCCUCAAUCAGUACUGGUAGACACGCCAAUGGAAAGAACACCUGUUUUGGACAUGCAAGUGGAUACUGAUGAUGACCUUGCUCUUGCUGAGAUAGCUCGAAAAUCUGGGACUAAGUACAUUAUUUUCCCCAAAAGAAAGACAACAAAGAAAUCAAAGAAAAUGAUAGACCGUGGAAAAUUAGAAGCUGUAGCUGAGGAAUUAAAACAACCCUCGAAGAUUCUCAAAAGCUCUGUAUCCCUUGGAAGACUGCAUAUAGAGAAUAAAUUCAGUAUCCGAGUAUCUCCGGCAGUUCGACAUUAUCGUAGUCCCAGUCUCCCAUGUUUGUUAGAUUUUGAGAAAUUUGCAAAAAGUAAAGAUGGAAUUCCAAAAGACCUUGAUGUUCAUGAAUGGGUCAAAGAAAUCUGGAAUAACUGGUUUGAUGAGGCUUUCCCUCCUAGUAGGGCUUCAACUGAGGAAAAAGAUGCUAAAGUACUAACAGACACUAAGAAGGAGGACUCUGCAGAACAAGAAAAACCGUAUCUGGAAGUAGAACUAACGGACUUAGAGAAUUCUAUUUUUGUAGAAGAUAUUGCUGCUAUUGAAGAUUUGGAAACAGAAAUCAAUAGACUAACACUGUUAAUUGAAAAGGAAGGAAAACCCUCCGCAUUUCACUAUUGUAGACGUGGUGCAUUAAAGAGGAAAUUAGGCAAGUUAAAGUCAGCCAUGGAUGAUUUGGAAAAUGCCAUAAGCUUAGAACCACUUCUACUUAAUGCUUAUUGGCACAGACAUUUGAUUUACCUCUUUCAAGAAAAAAAUCAAGCUGCUUUGGAUGACCUGAAUUUUAUAAUUAAAUGGAACAAAAAUAAUGCAGAUGCAUAUCUGUCAAAGUCUGAAAUUUACAGAAAGCAAGGCAAUAAAGCAUUAGCAAUCAUGAAUUGCACUUUAGCAGUGAAAUGCAACCCUACAGAUGAUGAUAUUUAUUUCAGGAGAGCUGAGUUGUUGAAAGAAGAGGAGGAAUUAUUAUUGGCAAUGGAUGAUUAUGCAAAAUGUUUUCAAUAUAACCCAAAAAGAACAGAUGCACUCAUGAAACAUGGAAUACAUUUCUUUGAUAAAUCAAUUUGGACUGUAGCUCUUCAGGAUUUUACAGCUGUGAUUAAGGAAGACCCCAGCAAUAUUCAAGCAAGGAUGUAUCGAGGAAGAGCAUACAGUAAACGACAGCAGUAUAAAAACGCAGUGGAAGACUUUUCUGCUGCAGUUCAUCUCGAUCCUUCUAAUUGGUUAGCAUUCUAUUACAGAGGUUGCAUACUGCGAAAGGUUGAUCCAAAGAGAGCGCUGCAAGACUUCAGUGUUUCUGUGCUCCUCAAUGACUCUUUUGAAAAUCUCAGUUCUUUCAUUCACCGUGGGAUCUUGUACACAGAACUGUGUCACUGGACAUUCGCAAUCUGUGACUUUGAAAAUGCACUAGCUCUGGACAGUGGUAUUGCCUUGGCUUACAUAAAUAUUGGCUUGAUUUUACUUUUACAUUUGGAAAAUUACUAUGAAGCUAUUCGACAGUUCUCUAAGGCCAUUGGUAUUGAGCCCACAAACAGUAGAACUUAUAUAUGUAGAGCUCAAGCAUAUUAUAAGGUGCACAAUUUACAGAAUGCGUUAAGAGAUAUAAAUCGAGCCAUUCAUCUUUAUCCAACUGAAUCCCAUUUAUGCAUAAUGAGAGGACAAUAUUUAAUUGAGAUGAAGGAAUAUAAACUUGCAAGCUUCUGUAUAUAUCAAGUAGCAGAAAUGGGUGAAGUAUCCUUUAAAACUUCUCCUGUUCAGCAAGCGCUCGUUCAGUCAUUUUGUCAAAAUCACAAUGAAGCUAUAGCAUGCUUACAGGAGCUUAUUGCAAAUCAGCCUACGCCUUCCAUAUUUGUUCUGCUAGGAAAAAUACAAAUGAAAGCCAAGAAAACUAAGGAUGCUGUGGAAAGUUUUAGAGAAGCAUUGAAGAUACUGAAUUCUUCAGCAAAAAAAUUGCCUAAUACAAUUGAGGCUGCAGAAAUUUAUUAUUUGAUGGCCCUCUGUUAUAUGGACCAAGUCAGUUUAUUACAGGCCUACAAAGCUUUUAGCCUUGCUGUUAAGGUAUAUCCAAAUUUUCCUGAUGCUUUUUAUCAACGAGGACUGUGCAGAAUGCAACUCAAACAAGCUAGGUGCAUCCAAGAUUUCAACAGAGCACUUGCUAUUAAUCCAAAACAUUUUCAGGCAUAUUUAAGUCGUGCUGCUUACUAUGGUAGCAAGGGAAGAUACUCCAAGGCAAUUCUGAAUUGUAACGAGGCUAUCAAAAUUCAUCCUGACAGUGUGAGAGCCUAUCUCUACAGAGGAACUUUGAAAUAUCACAAUAAGACAUACAAAAAUGCCAUUGACGACUUAACUAAAACUAUUGACUUGGACAAAAUCUGCAUUUUGGCAUACUACAACAGAGCAAUUUGUUAUCACCAAAUAAAGGACUUUAAAAAGGCUUUGAAAGACUAUGGAAUUCUUCUUCUUCUUGAAUCGAGUAAGGAAAUUGUCUUGGCAGUGUUAAUUAACCGUGCAUUACUCUAUGUGGAACUGGAAGACUACUCUAAUGCAUUAGAGGACUUUAAAGAGGCUUCCUUGAGUGACCCAAGAAAUAGUGAGAUUUAUCAAGCUAUUGGAAUCUGCUGUCACAGACUUGAGCAGUUUGAAGAAGCUGUGAAUUCAUUUACCCAAGGGCUUAAAUUAGAUCCCUUUUUUCUGGAUGCCUAUGUUGCAAGAGGAAAUUCAUACAUGGAGUAUGGUCAUGAAACUGGCAAUACUAAAGCACAGAAAGACUUCCUGAAAGCAAUGCAUCUUAACCCAAAAUGUGUAAAAGCCAGAAUUUGCUUAGGAUACAAUUUACAGGCCUUUGGGAAGUUUCAGAAAGCUUGGAAUCAGUUUACAGUUGCCAUUGAUAUUGAUCCAAAAUGCCAUGUUGCCUAUGAUGGACGAGCUGUGGUCUGUCUUCAGAUGGGUGAUACUUUUGCUGCAUUUCAAGAUAUAAAUGCGGCACUAAAGCUCACUACCAGUGCUCAGCUGCUUACAAACCGGGGUGUCAUUAAUCAGUUUAUGGGUCAUUUAAAUUGUUCAAUGAAAGAUUAUCAGCAAGCAAUUUCCAUCAACCCUGGCUAUGCUUUAGCCUAUUUUAAUGCAGCAAAUAUCUACUUUCAUCACAGGCAGUUUGCACAGGCCAGUUCCUACUAUUCCAAGGCAUUACAGCUUGACCCAAGGAAUGAAUCUGCAGUCCUGAAUCGAGCUAUUACAAAUACAUUAUUACAAAAGAUCGAAGAAGCCAAAGAAGAUUUUGAGAAGGCAAUUUGUCUCUGCCCUUUCUCUGCAGCAGUGUACUUUAACAGGGCAAACCUUUAUAGAACAUUAAAGCAGUACGAGCUAGCUGAAAAGGAUAUUUCAACAGCACUGUCCAUUCAACCUAAUGACGCUUUGAUGUAUAAACUUAGAGCUGAUGUUCGUGGUAAAAUGGGUUUCAGUGAAGAAGCUAUUGCUGAUUACAAACAAGCAAUCAGCAUUCAAGAAAUGAUCGAUGCAAUGUGAAAAGAUUCCAGUUCCUGCAAAACAUGAUAACCAGUUAGGUCUAUUUAUAGAGAUUUAUCUUAUUUUAAAUGAGAGAUACUUGUUUAAUAUCUCAAAUACUAUUUAGAAAAAUGUAUUAUGUUAGCAAUAGGCUUGGUACAAAAGGUUAGUUUUGUCUAUGAGAAAAAUAUUGUUAUUCCUGUAAUAACUCGUUUUCAUUUUUAGAUGAACUUCUGCACAUAUGUUAUCUUCCUGCAUAACUUCUUGCUUAAUUCAGUGCAAAAUUAAACCAAGCUAUAUAAGAAGAGAAUGUUAACAUUAAAUAUGUAAUUUCACAAAGUCAACCUCAGAUUUUCUUUAUU